AUGUCUCUCCGUUCAGGAUCUAACCAGAAAAGGCAAGCUGCUUAAGAAUAAUACAAUUAGGAGAGAGGGUUUGAAACUUUUCUUUAAGGAGCUAAUCAAUAAAGGUUAUAGCAAAAAAAAUAAAUAGAAAAAAAUGACCAAAGGGCUUUAAGCAAAGACAGAAAAAAAUGGCAAGAUUUAUAGGAUUAGGCAGCUAGUAAGCAAAAUUAACAGCAACAAUAGCAAUAGUAGUAAAUUAAGGGCGAUGCUCAAAGAUAAAAAUGGAAUAAAAUACCUCCAUCUAAAGAGGAAUACAUGAAAGAGGCAAAAGUAAAGCAUUAAUAGUAGUUUGAUAAAAACGAUGGGGAGUAAAUAAUGAAUUAUCUUUAAACAAUGGAUAAAGCAGAAUUAGAGAUGUUAAGAUAAAGUUUAGUGGUGCAAAAUAACAAAAAUUAAAAAAAAGGAGAUUAACACUCUUCACCUAAUAAAGCUAUGAUGGUAGAAGAAGAUGAAAUUUUAAAGCAAUAUUAAUAUAGCUAAGAUGAUGAGUAAGAAUAUGAAGAUUUAGAUAAAUAUAAAGAAGAAGGAUAUGAUAAUAUUGAAGAAGAAAUUGAAGAAAAUACAGGAGAAAACUAAAGCGAAUUAUAUUAACCUAAUUUUAAUGAAAGAUCAUAUCACACAUAAUACUAAAAUAAUAAAAAGUAAAUAAGUCAAAAAGCUAGACCAAUAUCAGCAAUAUAAGCAAGUAGUAAUACAUAUAAUUCUUAACCAAAUCAAAAUUUAAAAAAUUAUGAAUCUCAUCGUAAUUUUGUUACUAGAGAUUCAAGAAAUCAGUCAGAUGAAAAGGCAAAUUAGAGAGAAAUAGUUUACAAUGAAGAAACAAAAUAAUUAAAUAGUAAUCCAUUUAGUAUGAAAUCAGAUGGUAGGAGAUUAUCUGAAAAUUUUUAAAAUCAAAAUAAAAAAUAAACAGAAGAUUUUUAAGAUUAAAAUGAGCCAGUCUACACAAACAUAGUAUAUUAGCAAUAAAGAAAAAAAGAAGCUUAGACAGUUAAAAAUUAAGAUAGAGAUAAAGAUUUAGAAGAUAUUGUUAUGAAGCUUUCAAAAAUGAACUAAGGUACAAGACAGGAGUUAGUAACUUUGAUUGAUAAAAUAGGUAAUGGUGAAUUAGAUGUAAGUGCAAUCAAAAGUCUGUUGUUUAUGUAAAAUAAUAAUUCUAACUAAUCUAUCAACACAAACAAGAGCUAAUCCGUUAAGGAUCAAAGUUAGCAUGGCAGAGUUUAGUCUUAAAAUUAUUAAUCAUCAACUGAUUAAAAGGAAAAGCCUCCUUAAUAAAAACCAGUAUAAAAUAAAUUUAAAAAUUAUCAAGACGAUAUAAGUGUUAAGAGGGAUUUAUUUGGUGAGGAAGAAGCUAAGCCAGAAACUAUUAAAUUUUCUAGAGAUCAAUUUAGCAUUUCACUUGCCAAAGGACUCCUUCAAAAUACAUAAGAAUUAGAAAAGACGCUUAAUUUAGGCAAUGAUGAUUCUAAUAAAUAAAUUUAAAAAGUUUCAUUCACAGAUCAAUAAAGUAAUUAGCAAGUAAAGUUAAAGCCUUAGAAAGUUAUUGAAAAACUUGAAGAGACUUAAAACUCAGUAAGAGCUUAAAAAUAGAAAAACUAAGUAUCAUAUUAAAAUCAAGACGAUAAUAGCCGUUAUUAAUAGAAUGAAUAAGAUUAUAGCUAUAAAACAAAUUAAAACGAUAUUGGAAAAUAGCAAAAAUCAGAAAUCAAGAUUAAAGAACCUAAUUUAAGCGAAGAUGAGUACUUUGAUGAAGAUGAUUUAGAUGAUGUACCUAUUAAUUAGAAUUUUUACAAUAAAUUAAACAAAAAUAAGCUUAAAGAUACUCUCUAAUUAAAGAAUUAAAAGGAGUAGAUAAUUCAGUUAAGUGAUCAAAAAAAACCUAAUGAGGAAUUAAAUAGCGAAAGGUCAUUAAAGAAAUAGGAAUCAAAAUAAUCUUAAGAUAAUAAAACUUACAAUUUAUCUAAAAAUAGGGAUAAAAUUUAAUAAAUUUAACUAAAAGAUAUUAAAGAAUAAAAGGGAGAAGUUUUUAUUAUCAUAAGAGUAAUAUCUACUUGGGGAUCUGCUCAUUUGGUAGGUUUAACUGAAAUAAAAGUUUAUGACGAAGAGGGUUGCAAUAUAAAGAUAAAGCCAGAGGAUUUAAUGAUAGAAGGAGGUCUUUAAACUAGUUCAAGAAAUAUUUAUAGAAUAUGUGAUGGCGUUUAUGAUACAAUUGAUUCUGAACAUAUGUGGCUGGGUACUAUGCCUGACCCUCCUAAAUGCAUGGAAAUAGGAAUUAAAUUCAAGAGCAGUAAAGGCAUAGGUGCACUUAGAGUCUGGAAUUACAAUAAAAGUUUGAUAGAUAGUGUUAAAGGUAUUAAGGAAAUUGAGAUUACGAGAAAUAAUAAUUUAAUCUGGGUUGGCUAAAUCAAAAAAGGAAUUGGAAAAGAAUCUGAAAAUUAUGGGGACUUGAUAAAAUUUAAAGAAGAUAUUGUUUUAGAUGAUGAAAAAAAAGUUUUUCGAGUAAGCUAAUAGCAGGGCGUGGUUCCUACAAAACUUAGUGCUAAUAUACCUAAAGAUAUAAAAAGUAGUAAAUAAGAAGAAAAACCUCCUGUGACUGAAUCACUUAGCAAAUUACCUCAGAAGAAAACAAUUACUCCUUUGUAAGACGAUGCUGAUGUAAGCAAACAAGGAAGACAUAGAGGAAGUAAUCUUAAUUCACAAUCCUCAAGUACAACUCCCUAAGCAUCAUCUAGAAUCAGAUCUGCUCAGCAAAAACCAUAGCCCAAUUCGUAAUCUAAAGAUAACGAUGAGCUUGAUUCAUAGCAGUAAAUUUAAUAAGAUAAAACCUAAAAAAAGAGUGUUGUUAAAGACACAGAAGUAGAUACAUUAUCUAAAGCACUGCAAUCUAAGAAUCAGGUAUAAAAAUCUGGCUCUAUAAUUGCAAGAACAAAAAAUGAAACUGCAGUAACCAGUAGCAAUACAAGCCUUUCAGGAUAAUCUAAAUUAAUAGGAGCAUCUAGUUUCGAAACUUCAAAGAAUAAACUUAAACUUGAUGAUAAUAAAACUCCUAAAUCUUAAACAGGUUCUGGUAAGACAACUCCUUCAAAUGCUUUGCUGAAUUCAAUUAAUUAAACAUCUACAGAACCUAGUGUAGACCCUGCUUCUACAAGUAAAAUCACUAAAAAAGGUCCAAAGGUUUUAAAUGUAUUUGAGGAAAAGCAAAAAGGUUAAUAAAUAAGCUCCUAAAGCUCUCUAAAAGACCCUUAUCACAAUGAAAGCCCUAUAUAAAAGAGAACAAAUAGAAUUGAAUUCAAAGAAGAUAGAAUUGAUUUGAACGAAGAAAAAAGUGAUAUUUAAAUUUUUAAAAAGCUUGACUAAAAUUAAACAGAUCAUGAAUUAAAAGACCCAAAGAAAAAAUCAAGCGAUGAAAGCAGCAGUGGCAAAGUGGAUGAUUUUAUGGAGAAUGUGAAAUUUUUUAAUGCAACCCAUCAAGGUAGAUUUUAGCCUGCUGAGAGGGAAAGAAUACUUUAAAAUUAAGCACAAGAUGUUUAACAAGCUGUUAAGUAGACGCUCUAGAGUUUGAAUCCAUUCUUUUAAUAAAAUUUAGGCAAAAAGGGAAUCGAGGAUGAUAUUUAAUUUAAAUCAGAAGAUGACAGUGGAGAUUAUAGUAAAAUCGAUGUUUUCAUGAAAUAGAGCUCAAAGUUAUAAUAAUAGCUAACUGCAAGCAUCUAAAGAAACAAUUAAGAAAGACAAUCUUAAUAAAAUAAAUUAUCUAAACCUAUUUUGCAAGAUGAAGAUUCUCUUUUAGAUCAAAUUCUGAGGGAAGAAAACCAAAGUGAUGAAAAAGAUUAUCAAAAAUAGUAGAAAAUAUUUGCUCCAAAAAGCCCUCAAGUGGAAAAACCAAACAUCUUUUAAGAAAAUAAGUAAAUUGAAGCACCUCUCUAGACUUAAAACUAAGAUAUUUCAGCAAAUUUAGAUGACACUCGUCAAUUUGAAAGGGAAAUGAAUAAGCUUUUAGAAAGUAAAAAUAGUCCUUUCAUGGGAGAUAUAUUAAAAUCUGUACAAAAAGAAAACAGGUAAAUUGAGUAGUAAAAUUUAUAAAUAAACACAUAGCAAUUUUAAAUUCCUAUGUUGCCUGAGGGUAAAAGUAUAAAAAUUGAAAUUUAUACAACAUGGGGUGAUAAUUACUAUGUUGGGUUGACUGGAAUAGAAUUUUUCGAUAGCAAAGGAAAUUUAAUUCAGAUAAGCAAUCCAAAGAAAUAAGUAAAAGCAGAUCCUAGUGAUAUUAAUAUUUUACCAGAAUAUGGAGAAGACCCACGUACAUGCGAUAAGCUAGUAGAUGGUGUUUACCUCACUUGCGAUGAUUUGCAUAUGUGGCUAGCCCCUUACUAGUAAGGGAAGAUAAAUUACUUAUAUAUAGACUUUUUAUCAGUUCAAAAACUAUCUAUGAUAAGAAUAUGGAACUAUAACAAAUCACGUAUUCAUUCAUUUAGAGGAGCUAGAGAUAUUAAAAUUUUACUUGACGAUGUUCCCAUAUUUGCUGGAUCAAUAUAAAGAGCAUAAGGUAUAUAAUACUAUGCUCCUCAAGACUGUGAGUAUAUUAUGUUUACUGAUAAUGAGUCUAUCAUAUAGUAGAUAGAAAACAAUGAUUGGCUUAACAGAUAUUAGCUUACUGAAAUAGAAGAAGAAUAAAAUGUUAUUGAUAAAAUGAUGUAAACUUAAUCUCUUCAAAGACCAACUACAGGAAACAAUUACAAUACUAACUCAUAAACAAGUUUAUCUUCUUAACCUCGUUCUUAAACAGGCAAAGAUGGGCGUCCUAUAACAUCAGCAAAGACUGGGAUAAAUUAAAUUACAAAUCAAUAAAAAGGUGAUGAUUUGAAUAAGAAACUAAAUACAAAAGCAAAUUAAAUUAUAGAGUAUCAAAUGAAUUAAGGGACAUAGAAAUCUUUAAAAAGAGGAAUUAAAUGCCAAAAAAUAAAAAUUUUCAUUCAUAAAUCAUGGGAAGAUAAAUUUUAUGUCGGCUUGACUGGUAUAGAAGUAUAUGAUGAAUAUGGCUAAAAAAUACCUUUGAAGGAGAGCUAAUUAAAAGCUAGACCAAAGGACUUGAAUGAGAUAUCAGGAUACCAUGGUGAUCAAAGGACUUUGGAUAAGUUAAUUGACGGUGUAAAUUUAACCACAAAUGAAAAGCAUAUGUGGCUUGUAUAACUCUUAGAGUAGCCUUAAAAUUAUUUAUAAAUUGAUUUUAUGGAAGAGAAAAUCAUUUCUGGAAUAAAAAUAUGGAAUUAUAACAAAUAACAAAGCUAUAAUGACUGCAAAUCUGUAGAUUAGUAUAGAGGUGCAAAAAUUAUUUCUAUAGUAGCAGAUGAAAAUAUCUAAAUUACGCCUUAGCAAGGUAUUCUUUUAAGAAAAGCACCAGGAAGAGAUUUGUUUGAUUAUGGAUAGAUGAUUGCUUUGCCUUUUGAAAGUGGAUGGACUUAAGAAGUAAUAUAGAGUCUACAACUACCUACCUAAGUCAACAGCUAAAUCAUUUAAGAAUACGAUACUCUUUAUUUACCAAGAGGUUUCUGUUUUCGUUUUAAUAUUCACUCUACUUGGGGAGAUGCUCACUACUGUGGCCUAAAUGGAAUAGAGUUUUAUGAUUCAUUUGGUAAUCCAAUCAUCUAAAAAAGACUUGCCGAAUUUAAGCUUGGAGCUGAACCAGCAUCUGUUAAUAUACUUCCAGGCUGUUAAGGAGAUAUAAGAACAAUAGAUAAAUUAGUAAAUUGCUAAAACGAUACCUUUGAUGAUAGAAAUAUGUGGCUUGCUCCUUUUAUAAACUCAAGAAGUGACAAAAAUGUAAUAUGCCCUCAUUUAAAAAUGAAUACGAUAUAUUUGUUCUUUGAAAAACCUGUAAUUAUUUCUGCAAUUAAUUUUUGGAAUUAUUCCAAAACACCUUCUCGUGGAGUAAGAGAAAUAGAAAUUUUCUUGGACGACAAGCUUUUAUUUAGAGGUUAUCUGAAGAAGGCUCCCACAUAAGAAUAAUACACUAAAGACUCUGUACCACUUUUUAAUACAGUUAUUUUUAAUAGAAACUAAGAAAUUCUUCAAAAAAUAAAACCUGUUGUAUAUAACGAAGAUAGAUAGCAAUAAAAUGUUAUUUUCUCAAAUGAAGGAAAAGUUGAAGGAGGAAGCAAAACAUAAUUGCAAAUGCAGCCUUAGACUCAGAAUGAUGCUUCCAACCAUUUAGUAAGACCUCAAACUAAAGUUUCUGGAAUGAAACUUAUGCAAUGA